CGUGCCUUCACUGUCCGAAGAACACCUGCUUCAGCAGCCUGCAUUGUCCUCCUCCGCUCCGCUCCCCUCCCUCAACUAGAUUGCUUUCUUUUCUUUUAAUCAACUCUUUCCCUCUCAUUCUCUUUUAGAAUUAUGCGGCCGCAGGUGAUUCGUGCGGCCGCCCGGUCUUGUCGGGUCCCGACGCUGCAUUGUCGCAGGGCUUUCACCACGACAAUCCCUCGCACUACGGAGGUUGAACUCACGAUUGAUGGCAAAAAGGUUUCAGUUGAAGCCGGCUCGGCUUUGAUCCAAGCGUGCGAGAAAGCAGGCGUAACAAUUCCCAGAUAUUGCUACCAUGAAAAACUAGCAAUUGCCGGCAAUUGCCGUAUGUGUCUUGUCGAGGUCGUGCGUGCGCCUAAACCUGUGGCAUCAUGUGCUUGGCCGGUACAACCGGGAAUGGUAGUCAAAACGGAUUCGCCGUUGGUACAUAAAGCGAGGGAGGGCGUGAUGGAGUUUCUCCUCGCUAAUCAUCCCCUUGACUGCCCGAUUUGCGACCAAGGUGGAGAGUGUGAUCUUCAAGAUCAGUCUAUGCGCUAUGGCGCUGACCGAGGAAGGUUUCAUGAAGUUGGUGGCAAGCGGGCUGUUGAGGAUAAGAAUAUCGGACCGUUGGUCAAAACUUCCAUGAACAGAUGUAUUCAUUGCACCCGCUGUGUCCGAUUCAUGAACGAUGUUGCUGGAGCGCCAGAACUUGGGAGCACCGGCAGAGGGAACGAUAUGCAGAUCGGAACUUAUCUGGAGAAGAACUUGGACUCAGAGCUCUCCGGAAACAUUAUUGAUCUGUGUCCAGUUGGUGCCCUGACUUCAAAACCAUACGCUUUUCGGGCACGUCCAUGGGAGCUCAAGCAUACUGAGUCUGUCGACGUUCUUGAUGCUCUGGGCUCCAAUAUCAGAAUAGAUAGUAGGGGUUUGGAAGUUAUGCGGAUACUUCCAAGGCUUAACGAUGACAUUAACGAGGAAUGGAUAAAUGACAAGUCCCGCUUUGCGUGCGAUGGGCUGAAGACUCAGAGGCUCACAACCCCAUUAAUCCGCAGGGAUGGGAAGUUUGUCCCAGCAACCUGGGAACAAGCCCUAACCGAGAUUUCGGCGGCCCAUGCGAAACUUCAAUUGAAGGAAAACGAGUUUAAGGCCAUUGCUGGACAUCUCGUGGACGCUGAAUCUCUUGUGGCUAUGAAGGAUCUAGCAAACAAGCUUGGAUCUGACAACCUUGCACUUGACCAGCCAGGAGGCAGCGCGCCAAUUGCCCAUGGCGUUGAUGUGCGCACAAACUACCUUUUUAACUCCAAGAUUUAUGGAAUAGAGGAGGCGGAUGCUAUUCUUUUGGUUGCCACAAAUCCUCGUCAUGAAGCCGCUGUCCUUAACGCCCGAAUUCGGAAGCAGUACCUACGCUCGGACCUCGAGAUUGCCCUUGUAGGUGAGAAAUUUGAAAGUACAUUUGAAGUGGAACACCUCGGCUCUGAUAUUGCGGCCCUGAAGACUGCUCUGUCUGGAAACUUCGGAGAAAAGCUAGCCUCUGCUAAACGACCCAUGAUCAUUGUCGGUAGUGCUGCGACCGAGCAUCCUGAUGCUAAGGCGAUAUUUGAGACUGUUGGCAACUUCAUUGAGAAACAUGCGGCCAACUUCAAGACUCCCGAGUGGCAAGGAUAUAAUGUUCUCCAGCGCGCAGCAUCUCGUGUAGCCGCUUACGAAGUUGGAUUUACCACGCCAUCGCCAGAAGUGGCUCAGACAACUCCCAAAAUGGUUUGGCUGCUGGGUGCAGAUGAGAUCAGCCAGAGCGAUAUCCCCAAGGAUGCGUUUGUGGUUUACCAAGGCCAUCACGGCGAUCGCGGUGCUCAACUCGCAGAUGUCAUUCUUCCUGGUGCGGCGUAUACUGAGAAAACUGGCACUUACAUCAAUACUGAGGGACGUGUACAAGUGACACGUGCAGCUACCUCGUUGCCUGGUGCGGCUCGUGACGACUGGAAGAUUAUCCGUGCAACCAGCGAAUUUCUGGAAGUGACUCUACCUUACGACGAUAUUGAAGCGCUCCGAGACCGUAUGGAGGAGAUCAGCCCCGUAAUGCGCCGAUAUGAUGUUGUCGAGCCGAGCUCCGUGAGCUCAUUGAGCAAAGUUCAACUAGUGGAUCAAAAUAAGGACACACAGCCAGUUGGUACUCCCUUCAAAAAAGUUAUCGAGGACUUCUACUUCACCGAUCCGAUUUCCAGAAGUUCUCCUACUAUGGCCCGCUGCUCGGCAGCUAAGGCCACAGGGAAUCCGGAGACAAACUUCAUGGCGCCGGGUGAAAUGUCGCCUCAGGUCUUGUAUGGCUGAAUCUCCUGAGGUGGUUACUUUUUUGUUUGUUAAUUUGUCUAGGCGUUAUCAUUGUACCACUUAAACUUCAAUCAUUGGUACCCGUCAUCUUUUUUCUUCUCUAAUUUCCAUUCCCCUGGUCAAUCUUCGAGCCUCUUUCGACCACGUUCCUGUAUGCCCUAGGUCCCCAGUGGAUUUGUACAUAAACUCGAGGCAAACUCUGUUUAACAGUACAAAAGAUCACUUGACUGCG